GUAUAUAUAGGGAGAUGUGGACUUCAAAAGAAAUGAUAUUCCUGUCAUACAGUUGGACAAUUGGAAGCAUGGCGCAGAAGGGAUUGUUAGUUUAACUGAUGUUUUCACCCACUAUAGCAGGGAAGGAGUCGAGCUACGUGUGGAUAAUUUUCAACGAAACAGAGAAAAGACUAUCUAUAACGGCAACAUACGCGUCCAUCCAUCAUUUUGAAGACUUACAAAGAAGAAACACUUCAACUUUACUCAGGUGAGCGAACACAGAAAGCGCUCCUUCGAUGUUCACGAUUGCAAUGCACAAGGGUAUCCUAACGUUCCUUGUCUUUGUUGGGCUGGUUUCUCUUCUGGACGCCUUUCCUGCGGCACUACAGAGAGACGCAAGAGCUGGAUUCAGAAGUCACGAUCCAGGUUACGGACAUAAUUUCGGUAAAAGGAAAGCGUGGUUAGAAACGAUGCGGAAUAGACUGUUAAACACAAGAGAGAGCGAAAGCCCCUUAAUGACCAACGAAGAAUUAGCAGAUUUACUCAACGAAUCUUCACAGAUCGCAGAUGUUUUUGUAGAUAGAAUAGUAGACACAAACCGUGACGGAGUAGUGACGCGACAAGAGUUGCGAUCGAAGCACCUGAUAAGUCAGCUGUGAAAAAAAAGCAACCGCCGGAAAUUAAUUGCGGAUCUGAACUAAAUUGCUUUAUUUUUAUACUCUCAUUGGACGACAGACGCUGCUGGAUAGAAAAGAACAUAUUCGGGGAACUGGGUUAAAAGCGUAGAACAUGAGCCGGAUGAACUUUGUUUGUUUUCACCAUUUAAUCUAUAUGAGGA